AUGCUUACAAAAGCUUUGGGCAGGAUCCAAAGAGCAACUAACUUGUUGACCACUCUUAGCCUCAGCUCUGUCUCUGAUCAUACGGCCUUAGUUUUUAACGAGUAUCCAAAUGGCAAGCCAACGGUCUUUAUUGUUGAUGUCGUACGUAGAGGCCCUGAUUCUCCACAAAAGUGUCUUUUCUGCGCUCGAAUGGAUUUCGGUUAUAUCGAACGCCUCCACAAGGAUAUGCUUGAACGUGAAACGCGGACGAAACAGUCACAUUUCUUCACAGAAUUUCUGGCUUCAAUUAGGCCACUUGCGGAAAAUUUUCUCAACUGCCCACUGGAUUUGAAGAAGGAGAAGGUGGAUUUCGUAGAAGUGCAACUGUUCAUAGACGCUUGCGAAAACAAGGAGAAUGUAUGCAAACCGCAAGUGGCCACAAACCUUCAUAAGGUGUCUUUCGAUAUUGAGAUCCGUGCACCUGUACCAUCGAGAUCUAAAGUUGGAGCGGUCGUAAUGGCUGUAAAACACCAUUUAAUUAGGAGUCCGACCGCAAGAACAGAGCUACAAUAUGAAUCAAUGGAUGUCGUGGAGGAGAGCAGCACGGCACCUUGCUCCGUACAUCAAAUGCCCCAUCCUGCUACAACUGUUAAAACAUUAUUCUGCGACAAUUGUUAG